AACCGCCAGUCCCGAACGAUCAUUCUGCAGUGGCGCGUGGCAUUAUCAGGUCGCAAAAAUGUGCAUGCGAUUUAUUACUGCUUGUUUAUUAUUGUUCGCAGGAUGCUGGGCAGCUCAUACACCGGCAUCAGAAGUUUCGAGUGAAAACGGCGUGAAAUAUGCGGACAAGGAAUUCUUGCUCAAACAGAAGUUCUUCCUCGAUAUAUUGCGUAAUAUUUAUCAGCCUCUAGGGCUAGAAGAAUAUCUGCCCUAUUCGAGCGGUUGGAUCUCAGACGAAUCGAAAUAUAAUGACUUCAAAGUGGUGUACAAAUUCUUCGAUCUGUUCAAAAGAGGUUUUCUCCCCAAAGGAGAAAUAUUUACCAUACUCAACCAUUGGCACCUAACUCAAACUCGUUCGUUGUUUUAUUUCCUCUACAACUCCAAGGACUGGGACACUUAUCACAAGAAUGUUGUUUGGGCCCGUGAGAAUGUGAAUGAAGGGAUGUUCAUAUACGCGGUGCAACUUUCAGUAAUACAUCGGAAGGAUCUGCAUGGUAUUGUUUUACCGGUUAUUUAUGAGCUGAAUCCUUACCUGUUCUUCACUGGGGAUAUCAUACACGACGCGAUGGUGAAUAAGUUAUUUGAUGCUGAGUUCGGUUUCUUCUCGGAUAAAAAGCGCAAUUCAAUCUUCGGUAACUACACAUCCAAAUUUUGCGAUAAAUGUGAAGAAGGGAGAAUAUCAUAUUACACCGAAGAUGUUGGAAUGAACGCUUACUACUACUAUUAUAUGUUGGAGUAUUCUUCAUUUUUGGGAGGUGACGAAUUCGGGUUGUACGAAGAUCGCCGUGGCGAACUAUUUUUCUACAUGCAUCAACAGUUACUUGCCCGAUAUAGUCUGGAACGAAAAGGGAAUUUUCUCAAUCCGGUUGGCGAGCUAUUCUGGGAGUGUCCUCAAUUGGCAGAGUACCAUCCAAUGCUGCGUUACUGGAACGGUAUCUCCGUGCGUUCAAGAGAAACCGGAUCAUGCAUGCGCUGGUAUAAUCCGUCAGAUCGACAAAAUAUCCGAGAUUAUGAGAUGCGGAUCAAAGAAGCAAUUGAUAGAGGUUAUCACGUGCUUUCUAAUGGAACAAAAAUCGAUUUGAGAACAAGCGCUUCAGUUGAUUCUGUUGGCAAUAUCGUCCAAGGCAACGCUGACAGCAUAGACUUUGAAUUCUUCAAGUCAUAUGGAUUACUCACUCGUAUGGCCAUGAGUCAGACUGAUUACUAUAAAUUAACUGAAGGACUGUGGCCUGGAGCGUUGAUGCAUUACGAAACGUCGAUGCGGGAUCCGGCUUAUUACCAAUGGAUUGGAAAAAAUCUGGAGUUCUACUGGAGAUACAAAAGUUAUCUUCCGCCAUACACUUUCGAUGAACUCAAUUUUAAUGGAGUGAAAAUUAAGAGUCUCGUACUGGAUAAAUUGAUUACCUAUUUUGACUACUUCGAUGCGGAUAUUAGCAAUGGAUUCCCUUUCAACACCAAACAGUCACCAGGAAAAAGUGUUUGGGAUUUCUCCAUAUACGCUCGACAGAAACGUCUGAAUCAUAAACCAUUCAGUUACACCAUGACCGUGACAUCUGAGUUUGAAGGAAAGGGUGUUGUGCGUAUGUAUUUGGGUCCACAAUUCAAGCGUAUUGAAGAGCUGCAGGUGCUGAAGAAACACUAUUUAGAAUUGGAUCAAUAUUUCGUAGACCUAGUUGUUGGAGAGAACGUCAUAAAACGAAAUACUAAAGAAUUCUAUUAUGAUGUCCGUGAUCGAACAACCUACACGGAACUGUAUAAACGAGUGAUACGUGCUAUCAAGGGCGAUGAACAGUUUGUAUUAGAUUUGUCGGAAGCACAUUGUGGCUGGCCUGAUCGAUUAUUGCUACCGAGAGGACUUCCAUCGGGAUACAACCUGACUGUAUUCUUCAUUAUUAGUCCGCAUAAUGCACCAAAGGUUCAACAAUAUUCUACGUAUGAUUCUGCUACAAGUUGUGGAGCAGGUUCCGGAUCGAAAUACGGGGAUUCUUUGCCUUUCGGGUAUCCACUCGAUCGAGAAAUCGGUGUGAACUCGUUUAUUACUAAAAAUAUGUUCUUCAAAGAUGUGUCGAUUUACCACUUUGUAGAUGAUGAAAUGAACUAGUUGUAUACCUCUUGUGUUAUUGUUGUAAUACAAUGAGUUCGAUUAACAACCUUAAA